AUGAUACCGAAAAGUCCCCCAGAGCGUAAAGACAGUGGGAAUGGAAAUGAGAGGACAGCUCUCUUCUCAUGCGACGUCUGUGAUGACAUGUUGUCGUGUUUCAUGGCGGCAAGGAAAGCGGACCGACUUUGCUGGGAACAAAAUUGUUUAUUGCCGUCCUACGACAAUGAUGUUCUCAUUGCCACAUUCUUGACUUAUCGAUUGAGGUUGGCGAUGCUGGAGGCGAAGACGGAGUACAUUCAGCGGCGGCUGGAGGACACCGUGCCGUCGCGCGUGGCUUUUGCCUCGAAAGAGAGUGAGGAAGAAAUGCGAUGCGCCCUUCGCAAGCAUACAGAAGCUGCCAUAGAGCGUUUGGCGGAGGUUUCUGUAAGCUGUUGGGUUGAAGAAGAUGUGCAUUCGGAAUUGUGUGCGUUUUGUGCAGGUCUGUUGGGAGACGAGAAUCAAACGACACUGCGGGGCAUUGUGGAGGAGAUUUUGUUAGAGGCAACGACUUAUAAUUAA